AUUGGACAAGCUAAUGCUGCUCGGCACAAGCUGGAGUCCACCGGUAUCGGGGGAGUUGCCUGUUCCAGACAUGGUUGCUUUGUCCCUCACUCCAUGGUGGAUUUUCAGAAAGGCGAAAGGCAAGCCACAUCCACCAUUAAGCAUUCACGAGUUAACCAUGGACAAAUGAACAUGGACUACGCCCUUUGCAAGGCUUCCCGGCACAACAUGGAAGGCAUCACCAGGGCUGUCACCUUCUAUGAUAUUAAUUGUCAAUACAACAAACACUUUUGGGUUCAGGUGGAUCAAAGUCAAUUUCUAGAAAUGGCACCACAACUAACCAUCAUUCCCGGAAUUGGGUUGUGGCAUGUUCAUGGCCAUCAGGACAGCUGCUAU